AUGUUUGCAGCAGAGAAUGGCCUCAAAGGUGACCCAAGACUACAAGGCAUCUCUGAAGCUAUUAGAGUGGUGCCUCACUUUCCUAAACAAGGGAUAAUGUUUCAAGAUAUAACUACUUUAUUGCUAGAUCAUAAAGCUUUUAAAGACACAGUGGAUAUCUUUGUUGAUCGCUAUAGAGACAUGGACAUUUCUGUUGUAGCUGGAGUUGAAGCUAGAGGGUUUAUGUUUGGGCCAGCAAUUGCCUUAGCUGUUGGUGCGAAGUUUGUUCCUUUAAGGAAACCCAGAAAGUUGCCAGGUGAAGUGAUUUCUGAAGCAUAUGAACUGGAAUAUGGAACUGAUUGUCUAGAAAUACAUGUUGGUGCUGUUCAGCCUGGCGAGCGCGCAAUUGUUAUAGAUGAUUUGGUAGCUACGGGAGGAACCUUGUCAGCAGCAAUAAGACUCUUGGAACGAGUGGGGGCUGAAGUGGUCGAGUGUGCAUGCGUAGUCGGAUUGCGGGAUGUUAAGGGGCAGAGUAGGCUCAAUGGCAAGCCGCUUUAUAUCCUUGUGGAGCCACGCCAAGUCUGUGAUUAUGAAUAUGCUCGGGUUGACUUUGCUGAAAACGAUGACGCUUGA